AGCGUACUUAAUUUUAUGCUCUACGUAAGAGGUAAUCCUAAAGAUUAUGAUAAAUGGGCUGCUGAUGGAGCAUAUGGUUGGAGUUGGAGCGAUGUAUAUCCGUAUUUUAUUAAGUCGGAACAUCAAACGGAUCCAAAUUAUGCUUACAAUGGUUAUCACAAUAUUGGUGGCUAUCAGGCAGUAUCUACAACCUAUUCAACUCCUCUUUUGCAAUCAUUUCUAGAAGCUGGAAAAUACUUGGGUUAUCCUAUCAUUCAAGAUGCUAAUGGACCAACACAAACUGGGUUUACGCCUGCUCAAGGUACUACAUAUAAAGGUCGAAGAUGGAGCACGAAAUCUGCAUUUUUAGACCCAAUAAAAGAUAGACAUAAUCUUGAUAUUGUCGUUAAUGCUUUUGUCACUAAGGUUCUUUUCGAUGAGACGAAAACAGCAAGAGGUGUUCUUGUUGAUAAAGGCGGACUUACCACUCUUGUACGUGCAAGAAAAGAAAUCAUUUUAUCAGCUGGAUCUAUUAAUACUCCUCAGUUGCUGAUGUUGUCGGGUAUUGGACCAAAAAUGCAUUUAGAGAAACAUAACAUUCCAGUGAUUGCUGAUUUGCCAGUUGGUAGAAAUCUGCAAGAUCAUAUAUUCGCUUUUGGUAUUGAAUUUUCUAUUAAAAAUAACGUCAGUCUAACGUUCGCAUCAACUUUUACAGUAGAUAAUGCCAAAAGAUAUCUGUUGAAACACGAUGGACCAUGGACGUCUCUGGGAGGAGUGGAAGGUUUCGGAUUUGUAAACUCGAAAUAUAAUAAACACAUAAACGAUUAUCCCGAUAUAGAGCUGCAUUUUAUCGGUGGUUCUAUAAUGUCUGAUGCUGGAUCGGUACAAAGACACGUUGUAGGUGUGAGGAAUGAGAUUUGGGAUGUAAGAUACAAGCCCCAUGCUACCGGUCACAGUUUUGGGAUUUUACCGGUUCUCCUUCGUCCGAAGAGUAGAGGAUACGUUACACUUCGUUCUGCUAAUCCCUAUGAUUAUCCCUUAAUCCAACCGAAUUAUCUAACUCAUCCUGAAGACUUGCUAACUCUAACUGAAGGUAUGAAAAUCGCAUUUGCUAUAGGAACAUCUCCAGCAUUUGAUAAACACGGACGAGAGAUAUUAACAAAUGCAAUGCCGGGAUGCGAAUCUUACGAAAGAUGGGGAGACGAGUAUUUUGCUUGUUUGGCUCGCACGUUAACAAGCACAAUCUAUCAUCCUGUGGGAACGUGUAAAAUGGGUGCUAUAAAGGAUCCAACUACUGUAGUCGAUCCAGAAUUAAGAGUAAAGCAUGUGAAGGGUCUUCGAGUAGUGGAUGCUUCUAUUAUGCCUGCAAUUAUAUCAGGAAACACAAAUGCCCCGUCUAUCAUGAUUGGAGAAAAGGGUUCUGAUCUGAUCAAACAAUCUUUACGAGAUCAUUUUAAAUAAGUUCAUCAUUAUUUUUGUAUUAGAAUUUUGUAAAUAAAGUAAAAU